AUGGCCACCAAAAAUUGUGAAGACGCCUUACAGAGUAUCAUCUCGACUCCAGAGCAGCUAUUCAAACGCUUUGGUAACCCGCAUGUCCUUGAUGAUCUCAUUCGACUGCGAGCAGCAGAUGAAACCCAACAGCCUAUCCUCGCACAUCCAAGUUUUGAAAAUGAUCCUGCAUCAUACGAAUAUUUUACUGGACGGGAUCUGGAUGCAAUGAUUGACCAGGCUGCCCGGGUUCUGAUAAACCAUGGCUUCAGACCGCUACAGAAUAAUUAUAAGUCUGUCGUGGCACUGUUCACACCUUCAGAUCUAAAUAUGAUUAUCACCUUAUUUGCCCUCAGUCGGCUGGGAUAUGCCAUCAUGUUAUUGUCUACUCGUCUCUCCGCCGCCGCUUGUGUUUCUUUGCUCGAUGUUGUUGGUUGUGACACCAUUCUCUACGGACAGUCCCCCAGUAUCCGAACGACUAUAGGCGAGGUAUUGAGGUUGAAGGUGAUUGUAUGUCGCCCUAUAAUCCAAAGAGCGUCUUUAAGCCAAGCACAAGUCUUGCCAUCCGUCUCGUCGAAAAGAAUCCGUUCUCAAGAAGAACAAGAGAGCAGCACCGCAAUUAUAAUGCAUUCGUCUGGAUCAACUGGAUUUCCAAAGCCCAUCUUCCUCACCCAUAAAGUACUGAAGAUUUUUAUGAUACGGGGAUCAGAAAUGACGGCGUUCAUCCCACUCCCUUGGUUCCAUUCAUUCGGUAUCUGCAAAUACCUACCAACUAUGUACAUGGGAAAGACGGCAUUCAUGUGGAAUGUCUCACUACCCCUGACUGCUGGAGGCCUGAUUGCAGCCAUUAAAGAAGCAAAGCCAGAGUCUGUACACGCAGUCCCGUAUAUAUUGCAAAUGCUGUCAGACGAUCCUCGCGGUGUUGAACUGCUGCAGAAAUGCAAGCUCGUCACCUACGGCGGCGCUGCCUGUCCUGAUGAGUUGGGCGACCGAUUGGUGCACGAGGGAGUGCCACUCGGUGUUCAGUUUGGCUCAACCGAAUCAGGCACUGUUGCCGACUCCUUCUCCCGCCCAAAAGACGAUCCGUACUGGAAUUAUCUGCGAUUCGACGAUGGCCUCCAGCAAUUUAUAUGGAUGAAACCAAUUGGCAAUUCCCUGUAUGAAGCCGUAUAUCUGGCUGGUCUUCCAGCAUUAAGUCUGACGAAUUCCGACGAUCCUCCGGGUUCUUACCAUUCCCGCGACGUCUUCGAACCUCAUCCAACCAUCCCCAGUCGAUGGAAGUACAUCAGCAGACUAGAUGACCGUAUCACGCUGGUCAAUGGCGAAAAGGUCCUCCCUCUGCCGAUUGAAGGCACUAUUAAGCAAAAUCCACUGGUCCAGGAAGCCGUUGUGGCUGGCGUUGGGAAGGCGGUUCCUGGGCUACUCGUUUUUCGCUCUGAGGAGUCCAAGGGUCUUUCUGAUGAGGAAUAUUUCGACUCCAUAUGGCCAACGAUUCAAGAGGCAAAUUCCAGAGCCGAGCAAUUUUCACAGGUUGCUCGGGAGAUGGUCACCGUCAUCCCUCACGAUGCUCCAUGUCCACGGACAGAUAAAGGCUCGAUUAUUCGUACGCAGGUGUACAUGAAAUAUGCCGAAGUAAUAGAAAACAUGUAUACCAGUCUUGAUAAGGGCGAAGGAGGUACACUCGAGUUGGAUAUUCCGGCUACGGAAGCCCGCCUGAUGAAACUUUGUCAGGAGGAAAUUGGACUUUCGAUCUCAGACGCAGAUGUCGAUCUUUUCAGUCAGGGAGUCGACAGCUUGAAGGCGAUUCACUUGCGACGCUUGAUUCUGAGGGAUUUCAAGGUUGCGGAUAGCGGUGCGAUCAGCCAGAAUGUUGUUUUCGAAACUGGGAGCGUUGCCCGUCUCGCGAAGUAUGUUUGUGCUGUCCAGAGUGGACGACAGACGACGGCCGAAGAUGAAGUCUCGCUGAUGCUCAAGUUGAUCGAGAAAUACUCUUCAUUCCAUCAACAUAGUCCGAGUCUAGAGUCUGUCAAGGAGAAGAGCGUGAUCUUAACCGGUGCCACUGGUUCUAUCGGAGCCCAUAUCCUGGUCACUCUUUUGAACGACGACAGCAUAUCCGCAGUGUACUGCCUCACGCGCAGGACAAACCCGAUGGACGCAAUCCUCAACACCCUAUCGCAAAAGGAUCUACAAGUCCCAACCUCCCAAGUCCAAAAGAUAAUCGCACUAAACAGCACUCUCGACAAACCCAACCUCGGCAUUGACAAAGAAACACUUCACAAAAUGCAACAAUCAGUCUCCCUCAUAAUCCACUCCGCAUGGCCUGUCAACUUCAAUCUCCCACUAUCCACCUUCAAACCACACAUCAAAGGCCUCCACAACCUCGUACAAUUCUCACUAUCAGUCCACCAACCCACGCCCGCAGCACUAUUCUUCUGCUCAUCCGUCUCAACAGCACUGGGCUCACCAUCCCCCGAAAUCCCCGAGAAACCAAUCCCCGAUCCCCACAGCGCACUAGACAUGGGCUACGGACGCUCCAAGCUGAUAGGCGAGCAUAUCGUCAGCAACGCCCGAAAAUCAGGCGCAAGGGCUUAUACUCUCCGCAUCGGACAGGUCUCGGGACAUUCUGAGAAGGGUCUUUGGAAUGACUCUGAGGCUAUUCCGUUGAUGAUUCGGUCUGCGGUUACGUUGAAGGUUCUUCCGGAGUUGGAUACAGAGUGUUCUUGGUUGCCGGUUGAUGUACUUGCGAGGGGUAUUGUUGAGAUUUCGGAGGCUUGUGAGUGUGUAUCGCGGCCUCACUCGCCAAGGAGUGAUAGUAGUGGUGGUUCGGCUUAUUCGAUGGUUGAGGAUGAGGAUGACACCGCUUACAACCUCUGCAAUCCACAUACAUUCACUUGGUCAUCCCUCCUCAUGGCCCUUCAAGAAAACGGCUUCGAGUUCAAAACCGUGCCGUUUCAGACCUGGCUGAAGAUGCUACGAGACAGCGAAGCACGUGGUGAAGAGCUCGUUAACCCCGCUGUGAAGUUGACAGCGCAUUACGAGGCAACGUAUAGCAACGCAUCGGGACCUGAGCAACAAGAAAAGAGGUUUCUCACUGGGAAGGCUGAGAGGGAUAGUGUGAGUUUGCGGGAGGGUCGCUUGCGGAUUAUUGAGGAUGGGGUUUUGGAGUGUUAUGCGAGGGAUUGGUUGAGGAGGUGGGAUUAG